AUGAGGAAUCUGAUAUUUUUGGCCGUUUUGGCUUCCUCUGUUUGCUCAUUGAGUUUCUGGGAAAAGGCACAAGGAUAUCUAUCUGGAAAUGAAGCAGCCAAUGCAAGUGCUGGGGAAUCAGGAUCAGCAGCAACGUCCAAUUUCUGGGCAGGAAUUCAGAAUUCUUCAUUCGGACAAUCUGUUCAAGGAGGAAUCAAUCUCUACAAUCAAGCCAAAAACAAUAGCGGAUCCAACAACUGGCAAAAAGCUCUCGCCAACUCUUCCCUUGGAAACUAUUACCAACAAGGAGUGAACUUUUUCUCAGGAAAUGGAAGUACCAGUUUCAUUGACACUGCUGCAAUUCAACAAUCUAUCGGAAACUCGUCAUUCGGUGAAGCUGUACAAAGUGGAAUCGAUUUCUACAAUAACUUGAAAAACGGACCAACACCAUGGUCGGGUAGCGCAUCUGACGUCAUCGGCAGCUUUGUUCCAUUCCUUGCCAAUGCCUCCACUGAAGCAAAGACUGAAUUCUAUGCAAUUCUUCCAAAGGUUGGAAACAUGACGAUCAAUGAAUUCGAAACCGCUGUUGAUGAAUGGGCAGCCAAGUAUGGAUUGACUCAAGAAGUUGAGGCAUUCAACCAAAGAAAGGAAAAUGAGACUGCUGCCGCUGAGGCUCAUGCCAAUGAUGUUGUCAUGAAUCUUCCAAACGUUAUCAACAAUUUGAAGGCUAUCCGUGCUGAUAAGAAUCAGACAGCCAUGGAAAUGCACUCGAGAAUGAUGACUUAUAUAAACUCGUUGGAUGACGAUACCCAAGAAAUCGUCUUCGUCUUCUUCAAAAGUUUCCUUCCACCACAAUUUACCAAACCAAGAUGUGUUGACAACGGAAACUUUUUGACCAACAUGUACCAAAAAGCUUCUGAAUUCUUCGGAGGAAACAACAGCACCAUGGGAUCAGGAAAUGGAAAUGGAAAUGGAAUGAUGGGAGGGAAUGGAAACAUGUUUGGAAGUAUUGGAUCUCUGUUUUCCUCAUUCAAUAAAAAUGGUAACGGAAACGGAACAGACAAGCCACACCCAAUGCUUGGAAUGCUUAGCAACUUCAUGAACAAAAAUAACAUCAGUGAAAACCAAGCAAACGCCGUGAUGAAUGGAGUUCAGCAUGAUGAAGGAUUUGCUUCAAUCCAGAUUCUUCCGGUUGCCCAAGCGGACAUCGGUCGUCCGAUACUCUCUGGAGAAGGGGAUUUCAGUUUACAAAUCGUCGAACAGGCCGAAGCAACCACGAAAAAGAACAAAAAACAGCAACAACAGGUCAACAAGAAUAAAAAUAAGAAGAAGACGACAGUCGCCCCGAUCGCUGAUGCCAACGUCGCAUUGGAAGUAAAUGCACAAGUCCUUUAG